AUGGAUUCCGAACCACAUGUUUAUGAAGUUAAGCUGUCUGAUAUUGAAUAUGUUUAUAUUAAAUUGACAAGAAAAAUGCCAGCUAAACUCAUUAGUUUCAUUAUUAAAUUAGACUCAGUUAUACCAAAUGAAUUGAAAACAAAAUAUCAACAUAUAGUAAACAUGAUAAAUUUAAAUUCAAGUAAAGUUUAUCAAAAAGAAGAUAUUAUAUAUAUAAUAUCAACAAUUUCUUCUGACGAAAGAUUAAAAGAUCUAUUCGAUAAUAAUACAAAUGUCAAAGAAAUCAUUAAUGAAUAUAGGAAUAAAAAUAAUAUCGAUGAUACGCAUGAUAUUUGUUUAAUGAAUUUAUUGCCAUUUACUGAUAUUUGCAUUCAAUGUAAUGAAAGAUUGACAAUUACAAAAUUUAGAAAUGUUACAUUAAUCGGUGUAGAUUAUAAUACACCAGUCAUGUUAUUUAAAGCUGCAUGUAAGAAAUGUCAUGCUGAUUAUUAUCCGAAUUAUUACCGUGAUAACGUUCAAAAGAAAAAAUAUGUCUCCGCAGCAGUGAUUCAAAAUUGUCGAUAUUUUUAUUUUGGUGGUACAAGAGUGUUUGAUCGUAAUACAUUCAUUGUAUUUACGGCUAAUUUAUUAAAAUGUCAUUUAACAUUCAAUGGAUAUUGUGAUGCUUAUGCUCAUAUACUGAAAGAAACAAUACCGUUCCAUCUAAAUGAUACUCAACAAUUAAAACUAGACCCAAAAUUAUUUCAAUACAAUUGGUUCAUAUUUGAAUUAUUAAGAUUUAUAUUUACGACAACGCAAGAAAAAAUAUUUGAAAUUCCAACUGGAUAUCAAACAACAGAACAACCACAGUAUUAUAGACAAUAUAACGAUCUUUUGUAUUCUCGUUUUGUAUUGUUUUGGUCUCAUCAUAAAAAAAUAUCGAAUAAAUGUAAUCAAGAUUGUUCAACAGUGUUUUUGACAGAUGGACAUCAAAAGCCCAAUCGAAAAAUUUGUAAUUUUGAAAAUGUCUGUGAUAUAUCAAUACCUGAACUGGGUCCAUGUUUAAUUGGCUGUGCAGAAAGUCCUGUUCGUGGUCUAAGUAUGAUAGCUAUUUUUCUCAUUAUUUUUAAGUCUUAG